AUGAGACAACAGAAUCUGAGGAGAGCGUAUGGUGUGGUGUGGUGUGGGAUGGAUGGGACUGAUGGGGUAGAAGGGCUGACGCAGACAGAUUGGCCCCGCAGGCGCCGCACAGGCCAGAAAGGCAAGAAAAGUCAAGAAUGGGUAGUGUACUGCUAUGAUGCUCUGCUGGCAAGGAGAGGUGGGGAACAGCGGCCCUUCCCAUCGGCCUGUGUUGGGAGCGAGCGUGUUUCGCAUGAGGUUGGAUGGCUAUGGCUGUUCGGUCGGACAGACAGAUUUGUGGUUGUUGUUGUGCUCGUCGCUGUCGCUGCUGGCGGUAGUGUCGUUGACGUUGUUGCUGCUACCGGCGUCGUCGGGGAGACAGAGACCUGCGCCGAUACGCAUGCAGAAAAGGGCAUGGCGAGCGGGACGAUAUCGACCCAGUCGCCUGGCCUAAUUAGUGGACCCCGGGAAGUGCUGGAGAAAGAACGGGUGACCGGGCAGGGCUUGCCGAUUGGACGAUUUGCAGGCAAGGCACGACUCGCUUCAUCUCCGCGGCUCACUACCCCACCCACGUUCCAGACCAGGUGUGCGAUUGCAGGGCCAUAUGCGGAAUAA